AUGUUGACAUUAAAUUAUUACAUCCGGCAACUUCCGGACAUUAUUUCAGCUAGCGUUCAUGCCCAUAUCGGGAACGGACAAAUUCCCAAUACGGACGUGGUGCUUCCCUUCGCUUUCGCCUUCGUCAUCAUGGUCUUGAUGACCUUCCAGGCGCUGUGCGCCCUCGUUCUGCUAUCUCGCUCUAUUCUUGCUAUUCCUGUCACUCCUACCACGAACUAUUCUGCAUCCACUCUACCGCUCCCUACCAUCCAAACACGGUGUCUAUCCCUGCACGACUGGCUGAGAACGCGCCUAUAUCAUCUUCUCUCGUGA